UCCCUCCUAUCCGCCAUGACCCUGGACCUCAUUCUAUCUUUCGAUUCUCUCUCUCGUGUGGAUGGUUCAGCGCGAUUUGGAUUCGGAUUGUAUCCUCAAUACUUGACCAGCAUAUCCGGCCCAAUUGAAGUGCGCCUUGCUUCUGAACAGCCUUCACAGAGUACCAUUGAAGUACAUGUCCGACCAUUAACCAAUGUCCCGGGUACCGAAUCCAAAAAAGCUGCAGUGAUAUUGAAGGAAAUUUUACAGAUGGAAGUCAUUGUGGAGGCGAACCCAAGGACACUCAUUCAGUUUGUCGUGCAGGCGCUAGUCCCAACACCGAAUGUCACAGAUGAACUUGUCGCGGCCAUGAUCAACUGUUGUACUUUGUCACUGUUGAACGCAGGUUCAGUCCCGAUGCGCGGUGUAAUCUGUGCUGUAUCUGUUGCCCGUUUCUCUCCUCCAGUCAAAGGAGGAAUACCCAUCUACAAAGUCCAAUCAACAGAAGAACCAAUAUCUCGAUUAGAAGCAACAGGAUGCUUUGCUUUCUUGUUUUCGGAUUCUGUUUCGUCAAGUACAUAUGCAUCAUCUUGCAUUUGGACAAAUUGGCAUUCGUCGUAUUCAGGGUCUGCGAAGGCCGUUGACGAAGACGACUUGGUUCGUGCACGCGAUGUCGCUCGGAGCGCAGCACGGGAGGUUUGGGACCGGAUGAAGUUGUUGAUUGAGGAAAGGGAAAGACCGAAGAUUGGAAUGAAAGGAUCCUUGGUUAAAAUCGCGUCGCAUGAGAUGGCAGAUGCAGAAAAGAUGGACGUGGAAGAAGAUGAUGCCAAGAUGGAGAUUUGAGGUAUUCGUUCGCUCAGUAUUCCUCCGAAGAGCUCGUGUCUUUAUAUUUUUCUCAUUCUAGACACAUCUACAUAUCCAUACACAUGUCAAGUUCUGAAAUGAUCUUUUUUUUGUGCAAGUUGUGUGGAUCUCCGCAUCGCUAUCUGCUUGAAAGAUAUCGAACAUGAUAGAAUGAAAAGAUUUGAGAGCCAACAGUUCUCAUCAAUUCCCUUCUAUGUAUCCUAGUGCUCUUGCAAUUGAUACUGUGAUAAUUGUAGCUAGUCAAUCA